UGUUGAAACUGCAGAACCUAAAACGGCGGCGUCAGCGGGAACAGCAUGGAAAGAGAUGAGGUGUCAAUAAAAAGCAGCUGAUGUUGUUUUUCACUGCGCAUCCGCGGAAGCAGUGAUGUGACAGUGAGCUCAGUUCAAGUACAACAGGGAUUACAGGUCCGAAUCAAUAACGUGCCAAGGCAAACCGCUGAUAUGCCCCAUUGAUCACGAUAGAGACACUGUCAGGGGGCAGGGAGGCAAACGCACAUAUGCGAGAUUUAACUGAUGACAUCAGUGAGAUCAGCUGACUGGACGCAUGACCUGAAACCACUUCCCUGCAACACUUCUUUAAUGAAGUAAAUCUGCACCAUUGGCAUCCGCGCGGCCACUAGGGGGCGCACGCGGCACCAACUAAAUUAUGAAUAGGAUGCUUUAUCCUCUAAUAAAAAGGCGGCAUUAGCCAGUAUCAGUUGGAAGUGUCCGCUUGCUACGUGAGUCGUUUAUAAAACAACCAGAGGGCAGAAUCAUCUCUGCCUAGAAAAGGGAGGGGGAAAAAACCGAGAUACAAUGGACUCGAACAGCGAGGACGGAGACUAUCAACAUCGUGAGGGUCAUCAUGAUGCAGCCCAGUACAGAGUGUCCUAUCCUCAUGAAAGAAACACCACAGACAUGGAUUAUGAUAAGAAUGAGGACUUCAACCAAAAGAGGUAUUCAGUGAGUCGCUCUGGGAACAACCCAGGCAGAGUGAAGCGUGUAGUGUCGUGUAAGAGGAAGACCCAUCAUCUGACGGUGGCUCGGAGGAAGCAGCUCGGCUCUGGCAGGGUUUUCGAUGCUGUAAACAAGGAGAAUGAGAUGAACCGAUUGCAGGACACGCAACAGGAAAUGUUUGACAUGGAUCCACUGGAGUUCUCACUAAAUGUACAUAAUAGCCACAAGGCUGGUAGAACUGGUUCUAAACAAACUGACUUCUCUACACUCACUGAGCUCACAAAGGAUCAUGGCACGAUGACUGAUGUGCUCUUUGGGAGAAAUCUGAGAUUGAAAGUAGCAAUAACACUGUGGCAGAGAAAUGUUGACGAGCUAUUGACCUACCUCCUCAGAAUCCGAGACACUGGUGUGUUUGUUGACUUCCUGCCCCUGAUAAGCAAAAGCAUUGACAAGGACUCUUCAAGGAUUACCAUUGGCUCUUGUGUUGACCUAUUUCCUUUAGUUAGGAAAGUCCUCACCAAGCCUUAUGAAGAGUAUCUUAUAGUUGGCUUAAACUGGAUAAAUUCAGUUUUAAAAAAAUGGUGGGAGGAACUAAAAGCAAGUGGCUACAAUGGAUCAUCUAAACCUGUGUUAGAGAGGAAUUUCCAAGUCUUUAAUCGGCAGUUAUUGGAGUUAUGGCUUGAGGAACCUUUAUUGAAAUCUGUUCCAGGAGCUGCGGGAGACAUGGCAAAGAUCAUUGAUUCCUUUGUGUCUCAACUUACCUGACGACAACGAAGAGCCAGAUAACUGAUUCUUCUUUGAUGACAGUGCUCCGAAAUAUUUUUUAAGAAGAAAUCUCAAUUGGUAACCUUAGAUAGGAGCUGUUCCUGUGCUGAAAGAUAUUACCAAUUCGAAUGAGUAGUGAAGCAGUGGGAGAUUUCGGACACAGCCUGUACUUUGUCUGUAUAGAUUGGUGUGUUUCAUGGCUUGCAAAGCAAUUUGAACGGAUAAAAUACUGUAAAGACUGUGCAAUAUGAAUUUAGCUGUGUGGCAAAUGUGAUUUCAGAUAUUUUCAGAUUAAGCUAUGAUUAUCACAUGAAUUUGGAGGCUUUGAUGACUGUCAGAAUGAAUGCUAGAAAUUUGUGUCAUAUAUAUGUUGUUUUUCUGUACCUAAUUUUGUCUCCCUGUUGAGAAAGAAUAAAUAAAUUAGAAUUUCA